CCGUGUGUGUGGGUAUACACUAUACAUAUAUAUAUAUAUUCUGUAUUCUGUUUGUUGUGGGUUUUAGGCUUUACCAAAACCCAAAACUUUGAGCGCUCCAUUCUGCACCUAUAACCGAAUCCAAUUAUUCAAAUCCAAUCACAGACUCUUUGUGUUUCUUUCGUUCUAUGCUAAUGGAAGCACUGUCGAUUCACCCUGCGGCGGAGACUCAUUCCCUCCUCCACCGCACUCCUUCUUCCGCCGUCAAAACACCGCGCACCGCUUUCCUCAGAAUCUCCCAUCACCCACCCUCGCAGGUUGUCUCUCUUCGCGUCUCUGCUCUCCCACCUCACCUUCCCAGCGAUGCCGAUGAAGGCAAUGCCUCCGGUUUAGCUUCUCAGCCUCAAGAGGAAAAUUUAAACCAUGCUGAGACUCAGAGUUCUGAUAAAGAUACAGUUGAGCCACUACAAACUAGUAACAUGUCAUGGUCAACUAUCACUACACAAGGGGGGAGUGUAUCUGGUGGGGGUACCAGGGCUGGACUUUUCAGAACACCUAUUUCUGGUGGUGUCCAGAGUGCUACCUCGGCUCAUGGUUUACCUAGACCAGCUUUGGCGGUACGCAAUUUGAUGGAGCAGGCCAGGUUUGCUCAUUUGUGCACUGUAAUGUCUCGCAUGCACCACCGGCGAGAAGGAUAUCCGUUUGGUUCCUUGGUUGAUUUUGCACCAGAUUCAAUGGGCCAUCCAGUAUUUUCAUUUUCUCCUCUCGCAAUUCACACAAGGAAUUUGCUGGCUAACCCAAGAUGCACUCUUGUUGUUCAGAUACCUGGAUGGAGUGGCUUGUCCAAUGCAAGGGUGACAAUUUUUGGAGAUGUCUAUCCACUUCCAGAAGAUCAACAGGAAUGGGCUCAUAAGCAGUACAUUGCGAAACAUCAUCAGGGUCCUUCUCAACAGUGGGGCAACUUCUACUAUUUUAGGAUGCAGAAUAUAAGUGACAUAUAUUUCAUUGGAGGCUUUGGUACCGUUGCUUGGGUGGAUGUAAAGGAAUAUGAAACCCUUCAACCUGAUAAGAUUGCAGUUGAGGGUGGUGAGCAGUAUCUAAAGGAGCUCAAUGCCAUAUUCUCAAAGCCCCUAAAGAAACUUCUAUCUAAUGAGACUGAGAUAGACGACGCAGCACUCAUAUCUAUAGACAGCAAAGGGACUGAUAUUAGGGUCCGUCAAGGUGCCCAGUUCAACAUUCAGAGAAUAUCAUUUGAUGAAGGGCAGAAUGUAGAAACAUUAGAAGAAGCUAAAGCUGCUCUGCAGAAAUUAAUACACAGAGGGAAGGUGCACAACUUGCAUCAAUAAGAAGUUCAGAAACCCGCAAGCUUCGAAUCUGACAUUUUUGGACUUGUUAAUUUUAUACAUCUUGCCUGGCUGACAUGAAAGUGUAUUUACUUGCAACUGCAAGGAUAUUUUAUUAAGGCUGGUCGUGAAAUCGUGGGCAAUAACCCAGUAGUCAAACUAGAAAUAACAUACCCGAACUGAGAAGAAAUAACAGUAUGCUUCCUUU